AUGUCAGAAAAGAUUCAUAUUGCAGCAAUCAAGUCGGUUCAGUCAGUAGACCACAUCCUUGACGUUGCUGACCACGAGAUUGACUUGCACGCUAUCCAAUCCCAUGCCAUCUCAGUUGGAGACGUGGGGACUUCACUUACCGAAUUUCAAAAACGCUUGAUUUUGAAAAGAAUGAACUUGCAUACCAUCGUCGAUCUCAGUAAAUUAUCACCAGUAGCUGUAUUCAUGAUUGAAAAAAUUGCCGGAUUGACUGUGGAUGAGUCGAUUAAAAUUGUGAAAGAAGCCAUCAUUGAACACGACGAAGAUGUCAACAUCCCAACUAAAGAGUAUGACUUUUGGGAAGUUUUGGCUGAAUAUAGCGACCUGAACGUGAGCGACGAAGGCCCAUCCAAUUCCACAACUUCGUUAGACAAAGCAGCAAGCAACAAGGAGAAAUGGGAUGAGAAGCAAAAGGUUUCUGAAAUAUUCAACGCUGGAGAAACACACCUGGACGAGGAAGACCAAGACUUUGAUUGCUUCAAGAUUAUCGACUACCCUCUUCAACUUAGAUUAGAGGCGGCAUUGAUUGCAUACUACUCACCCUAUCCUGAAGUCAGAGCAGUCACCGAACCAUACGACGACUCUUCCAUCCCAUGUGAAACAUUCCGUGUGUACUUGCUUGGUAUCAUUUGGACGUGUUUGGGUACCUUCAUUAACCAAUUCUUUGCUGAAAGACAACCAACUAUCACCUUGUCGUCAACUGUUGUUCAAUUGUUCUUGUAUCCUUCGGGAAAGCUUGCUGAAAGAAUAUUGCCCAAAAAGGUCAUCAAGCUUGGAAAAUGGCACAUUGAUUUGAAUCCUGGCCCAUGGAACCACAAGGAACAAAUGUUGACCACAAUCUUUUAUAGUGUCUCCGGUGGGUUCUCCUACGUUAGUUAUAACCUCCACGCCCAGAAAGUCGAGCGGUUCUACAACAAUCAAUGGGUCGAUUUCGGAUAUCAAAUAUUGCUUACCAUGGCCACUAAUUAUCUUGGUAUUGGAUUUGCUGGGCUCUUGAGAAGAUUUGCCAUUUACCCUCAUAAAGCAAUUUGGCCAACUAUUUUACCAACCAUGGCAUUGAACAAAGCGCUUGUACAAACCGAAACCAAGGAAAAAAUUCACGGUUGGACUUUGUCACGGUACAAAUGGUUCUUUUUGGUUUUCGCAUUUUCCUUCUGUUACAACUGGAUCCCAACGUUUCUUUUCAAUGCCUUGUCGUAUUUCAACUGGCCAACUUGGAUUGCUCCAACCAACCCUACUUUGGUUGCAAUUACUGGAACUGCCUCAGGGUUGGGUCUCAACCCAUGGCCAACAUUUGAUUGGAACAUCUUGAACUUCAAUGGCUGUUUGAUAUAUCCCUUUUAUGCUCAAGUUAGUCAAUAUAUUGGCACACUUUUGGCAUUCCUUGUUAUCGUGGCCUUAUGGUUUACCAACUACAAAUGGACAGGUUUUGUUCCCAUCAACUCCGCCUCCUUGUGGGAUCGCUAUGGCACAAUAUACUCGGUGGAGAACAUAGUCAAUGAUGAGACCUUAUUUGACCAAGAAAAAUACAACUCGGUUGGACCCCCAUACUAUUCCGCUGCAAACUUGGUUGUGUAUGGUGCCUUCAUUGCCAUCUACCCAUUUUCGAUCGUGUAUGAAGUCUUUAUGAAUAGGAAACCAAUUUGGUCGGCAAUGAAGGGAUUGACUCGUGGAUUAAAACACUUUAGAGGGUCGGUCUAUGAAGGGUUCACCGACCCACAUACGAUAAUGAUAAAAAAGUACAAGGAGGUCCCCGACUGGAUCUUUGCUAUAGUGUUGGUAAUCUCAAUUGCCUUGGCAAUCAUUUGCGUUCAAAUCUAUCCUGCGCAAACGCCUGUAUGGGGGAUCUUCUUUGCAGUUGGUAUCAAUUUCGUCUUUCUUAUUCCAUUGACGGCAAUUUACUCCACCACUGGUUUUUCCUUUGGCUUGAACGUGUUGGUGCAAUUGAUUGUUGGAUUCGCAUUGCCAGGUAAUGGUUUGGCUUUGAUGUUUAUCAAAGCCUUUGGGUACAACAUCAAUGGCCAGGCACAAAACUAUAUAUCCGAUCAAAAAAUGAGUCAUUAUCUCAAGAUUCCACCAAGAGCUGUUUUCAGAACUCAAAUGCUUUCCAUUUUGAUUGCGUCAUUCUUGGGUUUAGCCGUGCUCAAUUUCCAAAUUGCCAACAUCCCCAACUACUGUGCCCCAAAUAACACCCAGAAGUUCACAUGUCCGGGAGCAACUGUGUUUUACAAUGCCUCGAUUUUGUGGGGUGUCAUCGGCCCCAAAAAGGUGUUUGGUAGUUUGUAUCCUAUCUUGCAAUGGUGUUUCUUGAUUGGAUUCUUGUUAGCCUUCCCAUGCAUAGCAUUCAAAAAGUAUGGUCCUAAAAAGUACACAAAGUAUUUCCAACCAACGUUGAUGGUCGGCGGUUUCCUAUUCUAUGCUCCAUAUAACUUGGCCUUCUACACCGGUGGGGUGUACAUGUCCGUCUUGUUCAUGUGGUUCUUAAAGAGCAGGUACUUGGCAUGGUGGCAAAAGUACAACUUUGUCUUGUCGGGUGCUAUGGAUGCUGGGGUUGCUUUUAGCGCUAUCAUUAUCUUCUUUGCAGUGCAAUACAAGGAAGUUGAUUUGGAUUGGUGGGGCAAUAAUGUAAUGUGGAGUGGAAUUGAAGGAAUGGGAGGCCAAGGCCGGUUGGAUGCUGCUGACGCCCCUGAGGGUUACUUUGGAUUGAGACCAAGCCAAUGGCCAUGA